AUGACUUAAAAAACUAGUACAGAUUGUUGUGUAUAGACUGAUUUGUAUGAUAUGGAAAUAGAAAUUGUUGAAAACAUUUCUCCAAAAAUGAUUAGUGUAAAUUAAUUGUCAAAAAGUGUAAACAUGAGGAAUAAACAUUUGAAAAUAGAUGUGAAAAAUAAUUAUAAUACAUUAUUAUUAAGAAAGAUAGAGACAUUUGAAUAAAAUUUGAAUUAACAAAGAAGAAAGAAAAAUGUUUAUAAUAAUAGAUCAUUACAUAAUGAGAAUGAAUAAAAAGGAAUAAGAAGAAAGCAAUUUAUACCAAAAUCAUUCCAUAUUGAAACGCUUAACAAUAUUGCAACACCAUAAUAAAUAGUUCUACCAUAAAAAUAGUUAUUUACUCCUCUUCAUGUAUUAAAGAGGAAGUUGAAUUAUCCAGCAAAUCCAUAUAGAUUAAAAACAUGUCCUGAUGAUAAUAAAUUUUGUGAUAGGAUUUUAUAUACAAAUAUAAUACCAGACAAAAUAAAACAUUUUGAUGGGAUAAAAGCUUUUAAAUGA